AUGAUCCCGUGCGUUCCCCUGGUCUUGAAGGCCGCCAUCGAGCUCGGCAUCCUCAAGCUCCUGUCCAAGAGCUAUGCUCAGCUCUCGCCCACCCAGAUCGCGUCCCGCCUCUCCAUCAAGAACCCCGAUGCCGCUGUCACCAUCGACCGCAUCCUGCGUUUGCUCGCCAGCUGCUCUUUCCUCUCAUGCACCCUCACCCAGGACAAAGCCGAGCGGCCUGAGAGGAUGUACGGCCUGGGCCCCUUGAGCAAGUACUACGUGAGUGAGCAAGGAGCUACCAUGGCAUCGUGGUUGCUUUUACUCUUGGACGAGGUCUCCUUGAGGACGUGUGACUCAGGAAAAUGCGACCCUUUCAAGCUGGUGAACGGCGUGAUCCUCUUCGAUUACACCAGGAUAGACCCGAGGUACAACAACCACUUCAACAAUGCCAUGAAGAGUAUGUCUACCAUUUUCAUGGGCAAAUUCAUGGACACUCACUGCAGAUUCAAGAAUGCCAAAAUGGUCGUCCACGUCCGCGGCGCUGUCGGUGAAUGCCUUGAGCUUAUACUCUCCAAGCACCCGGACCUCCGGGGCAUAAACUUCGAUCUACCCCAUGUUGUCAAAAAUGGGCUUUCUUAUCCGUGGCAAUUCCAUAGUUGCACGGACGAGUUCGUCAUACAGCUCCUGAAGAAAUUCUGGAACGCGUUGCCGGCAUCGGGCAAGGUGGUGAUCAUAGACCCAGUCAGCCCGGAAUACCCAGGGUCGGACCUAGUGACCCGGGCCACGUUCACUUCCGACAUGGUCAUGCUGGCCUUGCCUCCUGGAGGGAAAGAUCGGACGCUGAGGGAAGUCGAGGUCGUGGCCCGCGCGGCCGGGUUCAGCUCCCCGAAAGUGGGCUGCCAGGUCCUCAACAUGUGGGCGCUCGAGCUAUAUAAAACCGCCUAA